CAUGGACCCCCCGAGCCCCCACUCCGGCCCCGGCCCGGGCCCAGACCCCCCAGCACCGUGCCCACGGGGAGGCCGCCGGAGCUCGGAUCACUGCGACGCCAGAGCCUCGCGCCCCGGCCGGAGCCGGAUCCCAGGCCGGGAUCACCGCCGGUACUACCACGACCGGUGGCGAGCCGAGUACCUGAUGGAGUUCAAUGCGGCGCGGCACGGGAUGCUCUGCCUGGUGUGCGGCAGUGCCCUGGCCACCCUCAAGCUCAGCACCAUCAAACGCCACAUCCGCCAGAAGCAUCCCUAUUCCGGAGCAUGGGGACCCCGCGAGAAGCAGCUGGUGCUCCGCUCCUGGGAGGCACAUUUGGGGGUUCACCCCCAUCCUGAGGGACACCCCCGAGGCACUGGGACAGCCCCCCGCUCCCGUCCCAGCGCUUCCAAAGCCCCCCCCGGCGGUGCCCGGCUGCCCCCCAUGGGCACCGGGGGGGACUCGCUCCGGGGGUGGCUCCGGGCUGAGCUGCUGCUGGACCUGGAACCGGGGGGCAGGCGCCUGCGGUGCCUCCUGUGCGCCCGGGCCCUGCCCUCGCUGCACCUCGGGGACAUCCGGAGCCACGUCCUGGCUGCGCACCCAGGAGCCCUGCGGCAGCGCCGAGCACCAGCGGGCGCUGUCCCCGCAGCCCUGCAGCCCCCCAGCCCUAAGCAGGAGGAAGGAGCCACUGCCGAGGAAGAGGAAGGGGAUGUGGGGGGGGGCUGUGGCCACCGAGGGCCCCCCCUCUUGUCCCUGCAUCCCGGGGCCACCCCUGCCUGUGCCAACUGAGACCCCAGGGCAGGGACACUGAGACCCCCCCAAAGGUGGCACCUAUGGGGUGUGUGUCUGCCCCCAGUGUCACUG